AUGGAGAUGGCAGGAAAUUUGGGUGCGGUGAAGGGCCUUGGGGUCGUUGAGGAAGAGCCGCUGCAGGCAAGUCGUCGGCUUAGUCAGCACUUACGAAGCAGCUGGCCACACAAGCGCGUACGAAAGAGCUUCGGCAAGCGGGACAGUGAACAUGGUGAUCUAAGCGGUGUUGCCGGUUGUAUCUUUGUAGAUACUUCGGUUGCUUCGGCCGUCAAUUUACCAGGAACGUGA